AUGAAGUGUGCUAACAAGGAAGAUUUUGAAUGGUUGGCCAAGAACCCUAAAAUUCUUGAAGCCAAUGUGACCUUAUGUCGAGUCAUUGAUGACCUAGCCACAUAUGAGGUUGAGAAGGAUAGAGGUCAGAUUGUAACUGGAAUUGAGUGUUACAUGAGAGAUCAUGGUGUAUCAACAGAAGAGGCAAUGGAAAAAUUUCAAGAAAUGGCUGAGAUAGCGUGGAAGGAUCUAAAUGAAGGAAUUCUACGACCAACUCCUGUAUCUAUGAAGAUUCUCACUCGUAUUCUCAAUCUUGCUCGCAUCAUGGGUGUCAUUUACAAGCAUAACCAAGAUGGAUACACUCAUCCUGAAAAAGUACUAAAACCUCACAUUAUGGCCUUGUUUGUGGACUCCAUUAAAAUUUAA